AAAGUUCAUGCAGUCGAAUUAAAUACUGAAGACGUAUCACACACUACACACCUCAAACAUUUAUCACAGAAAAACAAUUCUGUUAAAUUCCUUGACAGAUAUACCAGUAAUCCUCUCAAUGUGAACUCAAACAUUUGUGUUUUAUGCUGACCGGGAAGUUCAUACGUGCUAAAUAUCUAUACUUAUUAUAUUGCCAUUAGAGAGACAUUCGUAAUCUCUCAACUUAAAAUGCUCUCUGCAAAAACCCAACUCCUCUCCUUGCUCGUAUUCCUCCUAACACAACCAUGCUUCUCCAUAGACUUCAUCACCCCAAACCAACCUCUCAAAGACGGAGACUUUCUCAUCUCUCAAGCCAAAACCUUCCAGCUCGGAUUCUUCUCUCCCGGAAACUCCACCAAACGCUACGUGGGUGUUUGGUACUACAAUUUUCCGCAAAAAUACGUUGUUUGGGUGGCUAACAGAGAUAACCCUUUAUCAAACACCUCCGGGGUGCUCACUAUAGCUGAAUCAGGGCAGCUUGUUGUGGCUUACAGUGAAGCUCCUGAGGCCCCCAUUUGGUCAACUAAUAUUUCACUAUCUCGUGAUAAUUACAAUAAUUCUGCGAGGAUUCUGGAUAAUGGGAAUUUGGUUGUGUUUAGGGAUUUGUAUAGCGACAAGAAUGUGUUGUGGGAAGGUUUUGAUCAUCCUACGAAUACUUAUCUCCCGGAAAUGAAGGUUGGGUUGAGGAAAAAGACAGGGGAAGCCUGGUUUAUCAGUUCCUGGAAGAGUCCUGAUGAUCCGGGGACUGGGCAGUAUUCGUAUCGAAUCGUGUUGAAUGGAACAGUCCCUCAAUUGUAUAUUUACGAUGGGUCGAAGCCCUAUAUGGGAAUGGGACCGUGGAAUGGGAUUACAUUUAGUGGCCUCCCUGCUUAUGGUGUGGAUGUUGCUGAUCAAUUGUCGCAGUUGUUUUAUAUUGAUGAUGAAAAUGAGGUGUCGAAUUACUAUACUAUUACUAAUAGUUCGUAUGUUACGAGAUCUGUUAUGGACUAUACAGGUGUUGCACAAAGGCUGGACUGGAACCCGCAAUCAGAGACCUGGAAGGCUUCCUGGACGGGGCCGGAUGGUCAGUGUGAAAAGUACGGGCAUUGUGGUGCAUUUAGUACUUGUAACUCGUUCAGAAUUGCCAACCAGGGCUGUGAUUGUCUGCCAGGAUAUACGGACAAAUUUGAAGGGGGUACGACUGCAAACUCGUUUGUGGGAUGUGUGCUGAAGCCUGGGGCAUCAUUGUGCCGUAGUGGAGAAGGAUUCAGGAAGGUCUCUGGAAUUAAGGUACCAGACGCCUUCAAUGCUGAAUUGCAGUCUGAUUUGGAUAUUAAAGCAUGUCACAACUUGUGCCUAAAGAACUGCUCUUGCACAGCAUACGGAGCUUCUAGGCUUAAUAGUGACAAAGGAUGUUUAACAUGGUACGGGGAGCUGAUAGAUAUACGUGAAUUCUCCGAUGGAGGUCAGGAUAUCUAUGUUCGGGUGGAUCACGACGAGUUAGCUAAGGAUUCGAAGAAGAAAAUCUUGAAAGUUUUGCUCCCAGUACUCUUCAUCAUCGUGCUCAUACUUGUAAUCACAUGUUGGGUGCUCAGGAGGAAGAAGAGAGAAAGGAGCAAAAGAAACCUAACAAUGUCAAAUGGUUCUGAACGCGAUGAUAUAGCAUUCAUGGAACGUUUCUCGGAUGUACGUUCAUCGAAUGAAAGUGGAACAACUAGCGCAGAGGUCCACUGCUUUUCGCUGAGUACAAUUAUUGCCGCCACAGAUAAUUUUUCUUUUGCUAAUAAGUUAGGAGAAGGAGGUUUUGGCACCGUUUACAAGGGGCACAUGCGCGGUGGACAAGAUAUUGCAGUGAAAAGAUUAUCAAUUACAUCAAAGCAGGGGUUAGAGGAAUUCAGGAAUGAAAUUAUUCUAAUAGCAAAACUUCAGCACAGGAACCUAGUAAGACUGUUGGGGUAUUGCAUUCAGCAGGAAAACAUAUUGAUCUAUGAGUAUUUGCCAAACAGAGGAUUGGAUCGCUUCAUUUUUGGAGGAAAGUCAUUGCUGGACUGGCGUACUCGCUUUAAUAUCACAAUGGGAAUCGCUCGAGGAAUGAUAUAUCUUCACCAUGACUCAAGAUUAAGAAUCAUUCACAGGGACUUAAAAGCUAGCAAUGUAUUACUGGAUGCUUCCAUGAACCCUAAAAUAUCUGAUUUUGGCAUGGCUAGAAUAUUUGGCAACGACCAGAAUGAAGAUACGACAAAUAGAGUUGUUGGAACAUACGGUUAUAUGUCACCAGAGUAUGCUAUGGAAGGACAUUUCUCAAUAAAAUCAGAUGUUUUCAGCUUUGGAGUUUUACUACUAGAAAUCAUCAGUGGCAGAAGGAACUCGAGCACUUUUGAUGAUGAAAAAACUGUGAAUUUAGUUGGCCAUGUUUGGGAUCGGUGGCUAGAAGGCAAACCUUUGGAAAUAGUGGAUCCAUCAUUGGAAGAGUCAUACGAUGUUAAUGAAGUUUUAAGAUGCAUUCAUACAGGGUUGUUGUGUGUGCAAGAAUCUGCUGCUGUUCGACCAACUAUGUCGGAGGUAGCCUCCAUGUUGUGCAAUGAAAAAACUCCUCCAGCUGCCCCAGAACAACCAGCAUUUAUCCUUAAAGGAAAAGGGUAUCUUGGACCUGUAAAAUUCAGUUACAAUACUGAAAGCGGAGGCUCUAGUGGUGCUCAAAUGACAGUAAGUAUAGUUAACGGUCGAUAAAAUGUGUGAUAGUCUUAUACAGCUAUACUAUUGAUUGAUGUAUAGACAUUAUAGUGUAAUCUACAUAAAAUCCUUAUAAACAACUGUUACUUGGAUAUAUUAUGAAUUUUUGAAAUGUGAAAUUAGUCAUGUAAGAAAUUUGUAUUGGCUUAUAGGAAGCUUUGUAGAUUUAUGAGAAAACAGAUUAUUUUUUUCUUUUC